GCACCAUGUCAAAGGACACAUUUCCGUUCACUUCCACCUCGCUGCGCUCUCUGAGACUGGAACAGGAGCUUCAGGAGUGGGAGGAUGCUCGGCGAGCGUUGGCCCGCAGGAGAUCCAUGAGCAGGGACCCGCUGCCCCGGGCCCCCAGGCCUCCUCCUCGUCCCCACAGGCAGCAGCGGCUCCAGGAGGUCCGGGCCCCUCCACCCCAGGGCCGCUGCAGAGACACGGCCGUCCACAACACCUUCAUGUGCGGGGACAUGAGAGGAGUGUAUGCGGUGCUGAAGGACCCCGCCAUGGUCAACGCCCUGAUGGAGACGGUGCAGGAGGAGAUGGUGUGGGCUCCGGAGAUGGGCAUGUGGACGCUGAGCUCCAAGGUGAAGCAGACCUCAGCAUUGCGCCUGGCCGCCAGCAGAGGACACUCGGGGUGCGUGGAGGAGCUGCUGUUCCGUGGGGCCGAGGUGAACGAUGACCCGGGAGGAAACACAGCGCUCCAUGACGCCUGUAUGGGCGGCCAUGCAGUCUGCGUCCAGCUGCUGCUUUCCCAUGGGGCGGAUCCUGAACUGCUGGCUGCAGACGGCAGCGCUCCUCUUCACCUCUGCACCUCCGCACAGUCAUUGCAAUGUGCCAAGCUGCUGGUAGACGGAGGUGCUGAUGUCAGUGUGAGGUUGAGGGAGUCGAGGCUCACACCUCUGCACGUGGCCGCCCGGCGAGCCCUGGAGGAGCACGUGGAGCUCUUCCUCAGUCACGGAGCAGAUGUGUUAGCCACAAAUCAAGAGGGAGAGACCCCUCUGAACGCCGCAUGCUCCGCUGCAGAGAGGCCCUCCGAGGCCGGACGCUACUUACGGGUGAUCCAAAAGCUGCUGGGUGCAGGAGCUGACCCCAGAACAGCGGGCAGGAAGCAGCACACCCCUCUGCACAAUGCAUGUGGAAACUGCAGCCCCCAGAUCGUGGAAGUCCUCCUGCAGCACGGAGCUAAGGCAGACGUUGCCAACUGUGCAGGAUACACACCAAUGGACUGUCUGAUACAGGUGGUUGAAGAUUACCCUGGACAGCAACCGGAAGCGAUAGCACGCUCACUUCUGAACCAUGGAGCUCAGCCGGUUUCACCAAAGAUGUUGAAGCAGUGCGUCCUCUCUCCUGCCACCCUGGAGGUGAUGCUGAACUCGUACACCUCCAUUCCUCCCUGUGAGUGGAUGGACUCUCUGUCCGCUGAGAUAUAUGCGGAGCACCGGUCUUUCUUCGACUUGGUGCGUCAGCGGAGCGCUCAGCCUCGCUCUCUGCAGCAUCUCUGUCGAUGUGUUAUACGCCAGCGCCUCGGAGGUCGAUGUUUCCCGGCGGUCAGUGAACUGGACAUACCCAGCUCCAUGAGGGAUUAUCUACUGCUGAGUAACGACGGGACUCUGCAGUGACUUCACAUUGUAUAACACCUGUGACGCU